UAUAAGAGGGUGUGUGUGAGUGUGUAUACGAGCUCUGACAGCAGGAGUGGUGCAGCAGCAGCAGGAGCAGCAGCAGAGGGAGAAUGGUCAGACAUAUGUUCUCUCAUCUCCUACUACUCUGGUCACUCAGCCAUGACCUGCACAUAACUGGACUGACGUAUCACAAGCCAAAGGAGCAGUCCUGGAACAACCAGAACCUCUAUUCUGUCCCUCUGGAUUUGGAUGCAAAGCUUGGGAGACUGGACCUGUCCAAUAACUUCAUCAGACAGUUGCACACACUUGCUCUGCCAUACUUGGAGCAGCUGGACCUGAGCUCCAACCAGCUGGAUCUCAUCUCCGAAGGGGCUUUUGAAAACCUGGCUCGACUUGAAGAGUUGAAUUUGUCCAGAAAUGCGCUGAACAACAACCUUGGCAGUAACAGCAAAGCCCUCCAAUCCAUCAGUAGACUGAGGACUUUGGACAUAUCAAUGAACGGUUUGAGCGAUGAUGCGGUGGAACGGUACCUUCGAAACAAAUCUACUCUUGAUGAACUAAAGAUGACUGGCAAUGCUUUAACAAGACUUUCACCCAACUUGUUCAAGGAGAGUAAAGGUUUGAGGUCCAUUACUAUUGAUGACAAUCAGAUAUCAGUGAUAGAACAGGGGACAUUUGAACCAUUGAGCCGGUUAGAGAUGCUAAACUUGGCCGGCAACAACCUCGCGCAUAUCUGCGAUUUUAAAUUACAUCAAGUUAAGUUGCUGAAUCUCAGUAGGAAUUCAGUUGAGUUCUUUGUCACACCUGAGGACGACCUGUUGUACAGGCUUGAAAUUCUUGACCUGAGUCACAACAAACUCCUUUACUUCCCAAUUGUUCCAAAAAUCAACAAUCUGAAGUAUCUUCAUUUACAGAAUAAUAUGGUUGGUGCCUUAAAUUCAGAGGCUACAAUGGUAUCAGAGGCCAACGCUCUUUAUAAUGAGAUUAUAAAAGAAAGAACUGUCAGAAAAAAUAACCUGCACUCAAACUGGAGGCUGAUGCCACUGAUUUAUAUUGACCUGAGCUACAAUCACUUCAGCUCUUUCCCUCUGGAGACUCUGAGCCUUCUCUCAUCUUUAGAAACUCUCAAUUUCAGCUACAACUGUCUGCAAAACAUCAUCUGGAAUGUGAGAAAUGAUAAUGAGUCAGGAAGCCAUCGGCAGCUUUUCUUCCCCUCCUUAAAGCACCUUGACAUGCAAAGCAACGGACUUGUAUAUAUUUCCCCAUUUUUUCUAAAUGCGCUCACGCGAAUAGAAACAUUAAACCUACAAGGCAAUUCUGUGCAACCUUGUGCCUCUACGGAGCACUUGCAAAGCCCUCAGUCAACACGGAGCAUGAAUCUCAACACAUCCUGUGUUGUCUUUGAGCAGUUAAAGACUCUUAAACACUUAAAUCUUAAAGACAACAACAUAGAAAUGCUCCACGCCAACACAUUUCAAAAGACAGCUUUGGUUUCUCUAAACCUUGCUAGAAAUUCACACAUGGUAAUGCAAGUAGAUGCAUUGGAGGGUGUGCACAAGACUCUUCAGUCCUUGAUUAUCAGUGAAAUAAACAUGACUAGCUCUGAUCUAUCUUUACCUUGCAUGCCGGUGUUGACUCAGCUGAACAUAUCCAACAACCACCUAAAUGCGGUACCCAGCAGUCUGAGCUGCUCUCCUCUGACAGAAAUCGACAUCAGGAAUAAUCUUUUUGUGUCUUUGAACCAUUCUUUGAUCCUUGCUAUGUCUGCUCACCUCAAUCAAAUGUAUAUCAGUGGAAACUAUUUUAACUGCUGUGACAGUGAAUGGCUGACAGUGGUGCAUGAGUUAAAGAUAAAACUGCCUGAUAUCAGUGACACGGUAUGCUUUACAAGGGACAGAAACAUUGUGAUGACAGGAUAUCUGAAAAACAUGUCAGUGUAUUGUUUGUUUCCUCCAAAAGCACAGGACACUCACUUUGGACAAAUGGUCAUAAUUGUUUUAUUUGUAUCUGUAAUGUUAACAGUGUUGAUCAUAUUCACCAGGAACAUGUGUUGCAAAGACAGAUCAUUUAUAGUGUGAGCUCUAAAACUGAAUCAUUAUUCUGUACAUAGUUCUAUAUAUAGAAAUGGUUACAUAAAGUAAGCCGACCAAAUACACCGGAGAGUAAAGUGCAGUAACUGAAGCAUAAUUCCUGUGAGUUUCAGUGUGCAUGGCCCAUUUUCCUAUGAACAGAAGUGGGCUUAAUGGCUGCUCAGACUGCGAAAACAGACUUUUAAUUAAGAAAGUGCAGUAAAAGCUUCAUCAUCUGACGCAUCAUUCUAUUCUCAUUUCCAUUCAAGCUCCAUUCAGGCUUUUUCUCAUGACUGCCCUGCAUAUUACUGGUUUGUAGGACAUGCAUGGUGCUGUGCGAGCCGCACAGCCAAAAUGUUGUAACUGAAAUUGGCCAUAUCGAUUCCCAGGCUGUUUGGUGACGGUGCGUGCCAAAUUCACUAAUCAGGCGGAGAAUUUUUGCCCAUCCUUCAUUGUGAAAUGUUUGUUCGCGACGAAAAGUUUAACCUUGGCUCAAAUUUUUAUGACGUCUGUGAGGCCUUGCACAACAUUCCCAGAAUCUGGACUGAACUCUUGAACAAUUCAACACACCAAUAAGGGACCUUGUACGGCUUUCUGUAUACACAUAUGUAUACCAAAUAAAAACAGCUUAUUUGACAGUGUUUAUAUACAACUCCGACUCCCAAAACGUUGGGACGCUGUGGAAACAUAAAUAAAACAGAAUGUGAUAAUUUGCUAAUCCUUUUUGACAUAUUCUCAAGUGAAAACACUACAAAGACAAUAUAUUCAAUGUUUUACCUCAUCGACUUCACUGAUUUUUGUAAAUA